UACUUGAACAGUCGUCGGACCGGGUCUUGUCUUGCUCCCUUCAAGGAAAUACUACAUUCGAUCAAAAAUAAAUAUUUAAUAUUCAUAUAUUCAGAGAUGGACUCAUCUAGAGCUAUCAGCUACUGCCAUCGCCGCCGCCCUCACCUUCCAACCGAUCGGGAACCUUCAACGACGCCGAUCGACCUAGAGAAACUAGCCGGCAUAACAACCCCCAUCAUCACCACCACCCAUCCCUUGCACAUCAACAACAGGGCCGCCGAUCCUAUCAUCACCCCGGCCUAUGAUCUGGCUACCCAUAAGAAACCGGCAGACUAUGACGACAGUCAUUGGACUACAAUCCUCCAUCGCUAUAACUCUCAAAACUCGCACGCCCAUGAUCCGCUCCUCCUCAAGAACUCCCUCCAGGACGAAUCCGUGCUCAGUCGGCUCAGGAAACGAGGCCGGAAAGCCAGACCCGUCGAAGACUUCUACGAACUCCAGAACCAACAUAUCAAUAAUUUGCUUAAAUCGUUGGAUGAGGAUGCAAGAGAAGCCAUCGAGACCUCCCAAUCUUCCGCCACCCAAGUCCGGAUAGCCAUCCAAGCCUCGUUCAUCGUCAACUGUCUACUCGCCGCACUCCAGCUCUACGCCGCCAUCUCGUCCCUCUCGCUCUCCUUCUUCGCCACCGCCCUGGAUGCCGUCUUCGAUCCUUGUGCCAACUUUGCCCUCAACUAUGCACAUCGAUAUGCGAGCAAGGUGGAUCUACGGAAAUAUCCCAGUGGAGGCUCGCGCUUCGAGACGAUCGGAAACAUCAUCUAUUCGGGCGUCAUGGGCUGUGCAUCGGUGGUUCUGGUGGUCGAGUCGAUCGAGAGUCUGGCCUCGAAUAAGCCCGACAACCCCGCCGACCAACACCUCCACAUCCCCGCCAUCGCCGCCGUCUCCGCCUCCUUCGUCGCUAAGGCUAUCCUCUUCGUCUAUUGUUGGGCUGUCCGUAAUCAGGACGGGCAGGUCAGGGUGCUCUGGGAAGACCAUCGCAACGACCUGUUCAUCAACGCUUUUCGGGAUCUUCACUAAUGCGGCGGGUGCGAAGAAUAAAUGGUGGAUCGACCCGCUAGGCGCGAUGCUCAUCUCGCUCGCUUUGAUCGUCCUUUGGGGCGUCAGUAUCACGAGAGAAGUU